GUUGAAGUGCAUCAAAAACAUUUAUGACACCCAACUUAAAUGAUUUGUACUUGCCUACCAACGCUGCAACAGAAAACUCGCUCUUUUGAAUACUUGGGGACCAGGAAGGCGACCAGCUUCGGAAAUUGAGGAAGGGCCAUGUCCCUGACCUCUCGUGUUGCCAACCUGUUUUCCUCCGGAUCAGCAGGUUCGCCAGCAGAAGAUCGCACCAAAUUUGGGAUUGUUGAUGAUGGAGGGGAGGAAGACGUCAAUGUUAGAGUGGGAAAACGACUACUUGGGUCGGAAGUCAUGGCACAAGAAGAGGUCGAAGAGGAGGGACGACCACCUUAUUUACAUGCCAUGAUUGCUGGAGGUAUUGGUGGAACCACGGGGGAUCUUCUCAUGCAUUCUUUGGAUACAGUCAAGACUCGCCAGCAAGGUGACCCGCAUGUUCCGCCAAAGUAUACCAAGCUAUCGUCCUCAUAUUCUACUAUUCUGCGACAAGAAGGAAUACGGAGAGGUUUAUAUGGAGGUUGGGUUCCUGCUCUUCUUGGAUCCUUUCCUGGCACAAUCAUAUUCUUCGGAACAUAUGAGUAUAGUAAGAGGCAUCUGAUAGACAAUGGCAUUCCACCAUGGCUUGCAUAUCUAUCCAGUGGGUUUGUCGCCGAUUUCGCAGCCUCCUUCGUCUACGUGCCUUCCGAAGUCCUCAAAACCCGCCUACAACUCCAAGGUCGAUACAAUAACCCAUUCUUCAACUCUGGUUACAAUUACAAAAACACAGCGCAUGCCGCCCGAACGAUUGUCAAGCAAGAAGGGUUCUCUGCGCUAUUCUAUGGGUACAGAGCAACAAUCGUUAGAGAUCUACCAUUUUCGGCAUUACAAUUCGCAUUCUACGAGCAAGGUCAAACUUGGGCGAGAAGAUGGAAAGAAAGCCGAGAUAUUGGAUUGCCAUUGGAACUUUUAACAGGAGCGGCAGCUGGAGGUUUGGCAGGAGUAAUUACAUGUCCUCUAGAUGUUGUGAAGACAAGGAUUCAAACGCAAGUCAUUUCCAGCCCCGAGUCCACUUCUAAGCAGACAUCGGAGUCUCCGAAGAACCCCUCUCAAUCCACCCGUACGAAGACAAAAUCUACAAAGCCUACAAAGCCUACUAAACAUCAGAUUCGAUCAAUAUCCACAUCAUCUCCUUCUACGCAUACACCUCGUCCUGGUAGCAUAAUUCUCGAUACAUCUUCCGUCCCGACUGGCCUCAAACUCAUCUACAGAACGGAAGGAAUAGCGGGGUUAUUUCGAGGAGUAGGACCUAGAUUUGUGUGGACCAGUACGCAAAGUAGUUGUAUGUUGGUAUUAUACCAAUACAUCUUGAAGCGACUAGAAACUUCCAACUCGCAGCGGGAUCAGGAAUCAAUUGUAUAAUGGAGGGGAUUGGGUGAAUGUAAAUGGUCAUGAAUGAUAGGAUUAUGUAGGAUUAUGUACAGCAAAAAUACGGUUGCAUUGGGCGGCGUUUUGGGAGGUCUUAAGAUUAGACGAAUAGAUGAUCUUCACUUUUUGUAUAUUGUUCACCCUCACGAGUCUCACCUGGAAAUGAAUAGGCAAGUUGGAGUUGGUGGGUACCAAAGAAAUUGUGUUCGAUCGACGGAACCUAGAAGGGCGACUUCCUCGGAAGAUUUCUGACUAUAUUUCCUAUUAUCCACAAUCUCGUACUCGGGAUUACCCAUUUGUCGGUGCAUGCAGAAUGAGAAUGAUUAGGUACGACAUUUAUUCUAACUCUCGUUUGCUGAAAAGUCCGCCGGUACCGAGUGUAGGGUUCUGUUGGCCCUGGUCGAAAUCUAAAUACGGUUCUAACGUCA